CACCUUUUUGCAGAUCAAAGAGUUACAACUAACACACACCCUUGUUCUGUCUUCUGACUCUUCUCUUCUCUUCUCUUCUCUUUGGAUUCAAUCAUCUCGAUCUACCUUCUUUGAUAAUGUCGUUUCUCCACAAAUGAUAUCUUCUACGGACAAAUGUUUUCCAAUUCCCUCCACACAACAACAUAGAAGAGAAACAGAAGCAUUUGAUUUUGAGGCAACAAAACAAGAACAUUGUUGUUAGAAGAAACAAUGGCAAAAUCAUCCUCUGAACAAGGUUCAUAUGCACCCAAAAACAUCCUGAUAACUGGAGCAGCUGGUUUCAUUGCCUCUCAUGUCACUAACAGACUUGUCAAGAACUAUCCAAGCUACAGGAUUGUGGCACUUGACAAGCUUGAUUAUUGCUCCAGCCUCAAGAAUCUAAACCCUUGUCGCUCUUCUCCCAACUUCAAGUUUAUCAAAGGUGACAUAGUUUGCAUUGAUCUCGUGAAUCACAUCUUGAUAUCAGAGGAGAUUGACACUAUUAUGCAUUUUGCUGCACAAACCCAUGUCGACAAUUCAUUUGGAAACUCAUUUGAAUUCACUAACAACAAUGUCUAUGGCACCCAUGUACUUCUUGAGGCUUGUAAGGACACUCAGAACAGGAUCAAGAGGUUCAUUCAUGUCAGCACUGAUGAGGUUUAUGGAGAGACUGAUAUGGAGACCGACAUUGGAAAUCCGGAGGCUUCGCAGCUUCUCCCAACAAACCCUUACUCUGCUACGAAAGCAGGGGCUGAAAUGUUGGUCAUGGCUUAUCACAGAUCUUAUGGACUUCCAACAAUAACCACGAGAGGAAACAAUGUCUAUGGCCCUAACCAAUACCCAGAAAAGCUUAUCCCCAAAUUCGUUCUCCUCGCGAUGAAAGGCGAGAAGUUGCCAAUUCAUGGAAAUGGUUCCAAUGUGAGAAGUUACUUGUACUGUGAAGAUGUAGCUGAGGCGUUCGAUGUAAUUCUCCACAGAGGAGUACUUGGUCAUGUGUACAACAUUGGAACCAAGAAGGAGAGGAGAGUUCUUGAUGUAGCUGAGGACGUAUGCAGGCUGUUUGGAUUGAGUACUAAAGAAGCUAUUAGCUUUGUCCAAGACAGGCCUUUCAAUGACCAAAGAUACUUCUUGGAUGAUCAGAAGUUGAAGAAGCUUGGAUGGGAUGAGAGAACUCCAUGGGAGGAAGGCCUAAAGAAGACCAUGAAAUGGUACACAGAAAACCCAAAUUGGUGGGGAGAUGUCAGUCUUGCUCUUCACCCACAUCCUCGCAUUUCGAUGGGUGCUCAUUCUAACGAUGAAUCAUGGUCUCUGCAAAACGAAACUGCAACAACAAAAGAAUCCGCCGUUGAAAGCUCAUCAGGAGGACUCAAGUUCUUGAUAUAUGGGAGGACUGGAUGGAUUGGGGGGUUGUUGGGGAAGCUAUGUGAAGAUCGAGGGAUUGAGUUCGAGUACGGUAGAGGAAGGUUGGAAGAUAGGAGAUCGAUCAUGGAGGAUAUCAAGAGAGUAAGGCCUAGUCAUGUUUUCAAUGCGGCUGGAGUUACUGGUAGGCCUAAUGUUGAUUGGUGUGAGUCACACAAAACGGAGACUAUUCGAGCUAAUGUUGUUGGAACACUGACACUGGCGGAUAUUUGUGAGGAGAAAAAUCUACUGAUGAUGAACUUUGCCACUGGAUGCAUAUUUGAGUAUGACAAAGAUCAUCUCCAAGGAUCAGGAAUUGGGUUCAAAGAGGAGGACACACCGAAUUUCACUGGCUCCUUCUACUCCAAAACCAAGGCCAUGGUAUCGUUGUUUUGUGUUGAAGGGCUACUAAAGGAGUACAAGCAUGUAUGCAAUCUAAGAGUCCGAAUGCCGAUAUCAUCCGAUCUUGGUAACCCUCGAAACUUCAUCACUAAAAUCUCUAGUUACCAAAAAGUGGUGAACAUACCAAAUAGCAUGACGGUGCUGGAUGAGCUAUUACCAAUUUCUAUUGAGAUGGCUAAGAGGGGAUGUAGAGGGAUAUGGAACUUCACCAAUCCAGGAGUCAUAAGCCACAAUGAGAUAUUGGAGUUGUAUAGGGACUACUUGGACCCUCAAUUCAAAUGGGAGAAUUUUGAUUUGGAAGAACAGGCCAAGGUGAUUGUUGCUCCAAGAAGUAACAAUGAAAUGGAUGGUUGGAAGCUAAAGAAGGAGUUUCCAGAGUUGUUGUCUAUCAAAGAUUCAAUCAUCAAGUAUGUUUUUGAGCCAAACAAGAAGGCUUGAAACACACAUACUUGGAUUGUAAUGUGAGAGUUUUUAUUUUCAUUUUUCUUUUAAUUUAUUUUUUUGUUUGUCAAGUAUGGUGGGUAAUUUUACCUUCUUGGGCUGAUUUCACAUAAUUGGGUUGGUGGAGCGUUAGGUCCUUUGAACACCUGAAAUAAGGCAAGGUGAGUAGGUCCAACGAUCGCCAUGAUGGUGGUGAUCGGGAUCGAUGUUCCGAUGCUCAAUUAAAUUUUCUCUCCCAAUUAAUAUUAGUUA